AUGAAGCUCACAGCUAAAGCCAACUUGUCCAAACAUUGGCAAGAUUUAGCAAACGGGGGUGGGAAUAAGCCCAAGUCGCCUUCACAGGAAGAUCUGGCAAUAAUUAAUAUUGUUCCAUGUGAUUUUAUUCUGGAAUACAAUAAUUUUGAUUGUGAUGCUAUGAGACCUGUGGCUGAGUUGAAUGUUUUGGGCCACAAAAACAUUGAAAUAGAAGCGGGGCCAAGUACAGCUGUACCACCAUUAGAUCUUAAAGAAAAUAAUGAGGUACAAGCUGAAAAGGGCCAGGGUACUUCAAAUAAUGUAAAUGUGGAAACUACUACAAAAAAAAGAGUUUUAUGUACAAAUAGUGAUCCAAAAAACAAAAAAAAUAAAAUGGCAGAAGAAAUAUUGCGAACCAACAGUGCAUUUAAAGAGAGGCAGUUGGAGAUGUUAGAAUUGGAGCAUCAAUAUAAAAUUGAAACAUAUAAAUUAAAAAUUAAAAAAUUAGAACUUCAAAUUGAGUUACUAGAAAAUAAUAAGAAGUCCAUUAAUUAUCAGUUCUGUUGA